CAAGAUGAGCACGGGGCUGACAUGCUGAAGUCUGACCCCAGGGACACCUUCUUCCUCACCCCUGCGAUCGAGGCCUCCCGAGUGGAGAACGUGCUGGUGCCCUGUGCCUACAGCCCCACCUACGUGGUGAAGGACUUCCCCAUCGCCCGCUACCAGGGCCUGCAAUUCGUCUACCUCUCAUUCGUGUACCCCAACGACUUCACGCGCCUCACUCACAUGGAGACGGAGAACAAGUGCUUCUACAGGGAAUCCCCCCUCUACCUGGAGAAGUUUGGUUUUUAUAAGUACAUGAAGAUGGAUGAAGAGGAGGAGGAUCCACGCCAGCGAGCGUUUCUCUUCCUCAACCCAGACAAUUUCCUGGAGGAUGAGGAAGAGGAGGAAGGAGCAGACAGCCCUGAGCCCACAGACCCACCUCCUGGAGCUAAGGAGAAGAGCUUUGGGCCGGCACCCGGAGCCAAAGGGAAGGAGACCCUGCCGGUCACUGGGGAUUAUGGAGACGACCUGGACUACUACAGCUUUCGCCGCAAGCCGGCACCCAGGCAGGACAAAAAGCCCCAGAAAGCCCAGGAGAAGGUCUAUGUGACCAGGCUGCAGCCGGGGAAGCGCAAAGCCUUGGCCCAGGAACCGGUCUUCCCUGGCAUCUUCCUUUACCCGAAACCUCUGAAGAAAGUCCACCUUCGCUCCCGGUCCCCUCAGAAGCGUCCCAUCACCUCCAGCAAGCUUCGUGCUGUCCCUGGCCGCCGGACCCCCUGGCUCCUGAGCAACAUCUCCAAGGAGAGGGUCCCUUCCAGGCGGAAGAGCAUGCGGGAGACCCAUGAGGACACAACCCCUGCCCCGGGACGGGCAGUGGCCACCACCGCUUACAACUCCUCUGAGGUGACCCACUUGGAGGGGACGCGCGUGACAUCCUUUCUGAAGAUGUCAGAAACAACGGUGUCCCAGCAGGAGGAGGGAAAGGGCCAGGAGGAAGAGGAGGAGGAGGAAGAAGAGGUGUCGGACUACAGCUACGAGACUGGGGAGCUGCAGCAGAGCUGGCUGGAGGACUCCAUCAACUGGCAGAGGACGUUCAGUGUCAGCUCGGUGGACUUCGAGCUCCUGCGCUCCGACUGGAACGACCUGCGCUGCAACGUGUCGGGCAACCUGCAGCUGAGCGAGAGCGAGGUUGUUGACGUGGUGGCACAGUACAUGGAGAAGCUCAAUGAGAAGAACGGAGGCAUCUACACCCUCCUGAGGAUCGUCAAUGUGGAGAAGCGCCGGGACACGGCCCGAGGGAACCGCUACCUGCUGGCGCUCGAGCUGGCGGAGCGGCGAAGGGACGUUGGUUUGGUUGGGGAAGGGGGUGCUCUUGGGACCCCCGUGGUGAGCCCGUGCUGUUUGUGGCUGUGUCUGGCAGUGAAGAAUCAAGCCCGCUGGGUCCAGCAGUUCAUCUCGGACAUGGCCCGCCUGCACGGGGCUACGAAGGACGCCAACUUCAACGUCAUCCUGGUGGACUUUGACAGUGAUGACAUGGACGUUGAGAAAGCCCUGCGGGAUGCCCGGCUGCCCCGCUACCAGUACCUGCGGCGCACGGGGAACUUUGAGCGCUCGGCCGGGCUGCAGGCGGGUGUGGACAUGGUCGAGGACGGGCACAGCAUCGUGUUCCUCUGCGACCUGCACAUCCAUUUCCCCCCCAAUAUCCUGGACAGCAUCCGGAAGCACUGCGUGGAGGGGAAGCUGGCCUACGCGCCCAUUGUCAUGAGG